AGCUGUGGGUCCUUCCUCCGUCCUCAGGGGGCUCCGCGAACCCUGAGGGGAGAAGCGGCAGGGACGACGCCUCUCUUCAGCGAGGAGGCGGCCUUGCAGCCCCGGAUGCGGCCGGAAGGCGCGGGAAUGGAGCUUGGCGGCUCUGAGGAGCUCCUGCCGAAAGAGAGCAGGAGAGAGCACUGGCAGUUACUAGGUAAUUUGAAGACUACUGUGGAGGGUUUGGUGUCGGUCAACAGCCCCAACGUCUGGUCCAAGUAUGGUGGCCUGGAGAGGCUCUGCAGGGACAUGCAGAGCAUCCUCUAUCAUGGGCUUAUCCAUGACCAGCAGAUGUGUUGCCACCAGACUGAUUACUGGCAAUUUGUGAAAGACAUCCGGUGGCUCAGUCCUCACUCAGCCCGUCAUGUGGAGAAGUUCAUCAACUUGCAUGAGAAUAGCCAGAGCAAUGCUGAUGGUGUGAGUGAACAUGCUGUUGCAGAGUUGUGGCUGCAGCACAGCUUGCAGUGCCACUGUCUCUCAGCCCAGCUCCGGCCUCUGCUUGGGGAUAGACAGUAUAUCAGAAAAUUCUACACAGAUACUGCUUUCCUGCUAAGUGAUGCCCACGUCACGGCCAUGCUCCAAUGCCUAGAAGCAGUGGAACAGAACAACCCCCGCCUCCUGGCUCAGAUUGAUGCAUCUAUGUUUGCCGGAAAGCAUGACAGCCCACUGCUGGUGACAAAGAGCCAGAGUCUGACAGCUCUCCCUGGUUCCACAUACAACCCUCCCACCAGCUAUGCUCAGCAUUCUUACUUUGGGUCCUUCUCUAGCCUCCACCAAUCUGCACCCAACCAUGGCUCAGAGAGAAGAUCUACUUCUUUUUCACUCUCUGGGCCUCCCUGGAAACCUCAAGAAAUCAGAGGGCACAUCUCACCAGAAGAGGAUCAAACCAUCCAAGUCUCUGUGCUUUCGGUCUCUGCACUAACCAGGAAUUCCUCCUCGACCCCAAAUGAGAUGAGCACCAGCACUCUGACCAGCCCCAUAGAGGCAUCCUGGGUCAGCAGCCAGAAUGAUUCCCCGAGUGAUGCCAGUGAGGGGCCUGAGUACCUGGCCAUUGGCAACCUGGACCCCCGAGGCCAGACUGCUAGCUGUCAGAGUCACAGCAGCAGUGCCGAGAGCAGCAGCUCCAAUUUGUUCUCCUCCAGCAGCUCCCAGAAGCCAGAUUCUGCUGCUGCUUCUGUAGGGGACCAGGAGGGUGGUGGGCAGAGCCAGCUGUCCAGUGUCCUUCGCAGGUCCAGCUUCUCAGAGGGGCAGAUACUCACUGUUACCAGUGGGCCAAAGAAAAGCCAUAUUCGCUCCCAUUCGGAUACCAGCAUUGCCUCCAGAGCCUCAGGAGGCCCCAGGAAUAUCACCAUUAUAGUUGAAGAUCCCAUUGCAGAAUCCUGCAAUGAUAAAUUGAAGUUGAGAGGCUCCUUGCCCUACUCUGGCCAAAGCAGUGAAGUCAGCACACCCAGCUCUCUGUACAUGGAAUAUGAGGGUAGUCAGUACCUAUGUUCCGGGGAAGGCAUGUUCCGAAGACCAUCAGAAGGACAGUCCCUCAUCAGCUACCUCUCUGAGCAAGACUUUGGCAGCUGUGCAGAUCUGGAAAAGGAGAAUGCCCACUUCAGCAUCUCAGAGUCCUUGAUUGCUGCCAUUGAACUAAUGAAGUGCAACAUGAUGAACCAGUGCCUGGAAGAGGAGGAAGUAGAGGAAGAGGACAGUGAUAGAGAGAUUCAGGAACUGAAGCAGAAGAUCCGCCUUCGGCGCCAGCAGAUCCGCACCAGGAAUCUGCUCCCCAUGUACGAGGAGACUGAGCAUGGAAGCUUUCGGGUCACCUCUAGCAGCUCCCAGUUAAGUUCACGUGAUUCAGCACAGUUCUCUGACUCUGGCUCUGCUGAUGAGGUUGAUGAAUUUGAAAUCCACGAUGCUGACAUCAGAAGGAGCACAGCCUCAAGCGGCAAAUUGUUCAUUUCCUCCCAGUCCUUCUCCCACUGCUUCCUGCACUCCACAUCUGCUGAGGCAGUGGCCAUGGGGCUUCUGAAGCAAUUUGAGGGGAUGCAGCUUCCAGCUGCCUCAGAGCUAGAGUGGCUAGUCCCAGAGCAUGAUGCUCCUCAGAAGCUCCUGCCCAUCCCUGAUUCACUGCCUAUCUCACCAGAUGAUGGGCAGCAUGCUGACAUCUAUAAGCUGCGUAUUCGUGUUCGUGGCAACCUAGAGUGGGCCCCACCCCGGCCUCAGAUAAUUUUUAAUGUUCAUCCAGCUCCAACGAGGAAAAUUGCUGUGGCCAAGCAGAAUUACCGCUGUGCAGGAUGUGGCAUCCGGACUGAUCCUGAUUAUAUCAAGCGGCUGCGGUACUGUGAGUAUUUGGGCAAGUACUUCUGUCAGUGCUGCCAUGAGAAUGCCCAGAUGGUUAUCCCCAGUCGGAUUCUACGCAAGUGGGAUUUUAGCAAGUACUAUGUCAGCAAUUUCUCCAAGGACCUGCUCAUUAAGAUCUGGAAUGAUCCUCUCUUCAAUGUGCAGGACAUCAACAGCGCUCUCUAUAGGAAGGUCAAGCUGCUCAAUCAAGUCCGACUGUUGCGGGUCCAGCUGUAUCACAUGAAGAACAUGUUCAAGACAUGCCGACUGGCCAAAGAGCUUCUGGAUUCCUUUGACACAGUCCCAGGCCACCUGACAGAAGAUCUCCACUUGUACUCACUGAAUGACCUGGCUGCAACCAGGAAGGGGGAGCUGGGGCCCCGGCUUGCUGAGCUCACCAGGACAGGGGCUGCCCAUGUAGAGCAAUGCAUGCUCUGCCAAGCCAAGGGCUUCAUCUGUGAGUUCUGUCAGAAUGAGGAUGACAUCAUCUUUCCUUUUGAGCUCCAUAAAUGCCGGACCUGUGAAGAGUGUAAAGCAUGUUACCAUAAAGCUUGUUUCAAGUCUGGAAGCUGUCCCCGGUGUGAGCGGCUGCAGGCCCGUAGAGAGUUGCUGGCCAAGCAGAGCCUGGAGUCCUACAUGUCAGACUAUGAGGAGGAAUCCACUGAAGCCUUGGCCCUAGAAGCCACCAUCCUGGAGACCACCUGAAGAAAGCACACUAAGCCUUCUAUCCACGGGCUAGGGUCACACAUAAUGCAGAACUGAGCCACCCUCUUAAGGACUUUCCCCACUUGGGGCUUUUUAAAAGAUUAUUAUUAUUUUUUAUGACUCGUCUGAUGUCCAUGUGUAGUCAACCUUUCUUAGGUUGAUGGGUCUAGUCUGUUGUGACAGAUAAUUUUUAGGCACCAGCUAAUCCAUCAAAACCGACAUAUGGGUCUUAAGUGAAGCUUAUAGUACCUCUGUCAGGGGAAUAGACAGCGAGACCCAAUUUUUCUGACAUCCAUGGCUUUCUCCACCAGGACCAGAUCUGGUUUCAGCUGCAUAUCAAGUGUCAUUUCCAGUUUUAUUUUGUUUUAGUUCUCCAGAUUCUGAGCCAAGCCUUUCUCAACUCUCUUCUCCUUUGCUGCUGAAACAGGGUGAUGGGGAGUUUUCUCUCUCCCAAUCCUGGAAUAGGGUCAGACUGUGCCCUGAGGAGAAGCAGCAGAGAAUGGGACAACACCAUGGACAUUCUCUCCAACUUAUUGAGAUAUUUUGGGGGCCAUAAAAACAGAAUCAUUACCGUCCUAGAAUCCUCAGAGACCUAAAGGAGGCAGCCAUGACUUCACUGUUUGAAAUAGUCUAGGCUUAGAUAAUUUCACAGGCUGACUUUCUUUAUCUAUGCCAGUAAGCUUGAAGCAAAGAACAGAACUGAUGCUUAGGCCAGGACCAUUUGUAGCCUUACAGCACAAGCAUAAGUGAGGCUCUAACUCUGUUGCUUAAGCAACAUUUAUUCAGUUAGAGGAACUGUUGGCCUCCUCUUAGAUAUUAAGUUCUUUUUAAGUUAACCUAGUUCUCUGGUGCAGGUAUGAUCUUUCAAGCUCAGGCAAGUCCCUGAUGCCAUCCUAAGGUGAGGAUAGAAACCCCACCCACCAUCUUAGUGGGUCCCUUACUACUCUAUUCUCUGUUAGAUGAUCAUAGUUGUUCUGAGUAAAAGUACAGCCCAACUCCAUUCUCUCUCCCCUUUCUGCAACAGAGCUGGAGCCCUCCCUGGUGGCUAAUCUCCUGCCUUAGUUCUUUUGUCAAAGUUGGGGAAAAAGCUUCUUGCUCUUAGUGGUGUUAGAGAACUUGACAAUUUGUGGAUGUGAGUGUGAAUGUUCCUUUGUUCUUGGGAUAACAAGAGCCUUUAUGCCAAUUAUGCACUUAAUUCUUUAUCUGGCCUGGUGAUAUUCAUAUGUUCAAUAAUUCUUUUCAUUUUACUAAUUUUAACAUCCCUCCCUUUUUAAUGUGUGUUUGGAAAGGAAAAGUUCUUGAAUGGGACCAUGUAUUUUUGUGGUGUUCUGUAAGUCGCUAUAACUUCUAACCUCUAUGUAAAACAAUGGUCAGGAUUGCUUCUCCAAGGGCUGGCAGCUCUGUGAACUAGAGCCCACGUUUUUGUUCUGGGACUCACUUCUUCCUGUAUACCUGUCUUCCCAUAGUUGGUUGCUAGUUAAAAAAAAAAAAAAAUUGGGGCCGAGCCUGUGGCGCACUCGGGAGAGUGCGGCACUGGGAGC